CGGCACCGCUUCAGUUCAAAUCGUAUCGCGCGGGAGUUAAGUUAGACAAGACAAGUAAGCCGUUCCGUUGCCCUAACUUGGCCCUGAGAAGAAAUUUGCCCACCGUGUGAGAAACGCCAGAGGCUUUAUGGUGAUCCAGCCGGAGCUUGGGCGUGUCACUUCACAUUUCUAAACUAACCGAGAACAAAUCACGCGCGCGCACUUGCACUGGGGUGGUCAAGAUCAACUUUGCGAUCCGAGGGAAUUCUUGCUUGGAGCUAGUAGGAAAUUGCGUUGGCGUGAGAAAGCGGCUUAAGCCACGCGGAUCAAGUCAGUGUAUGUGAUUUAUCGAGUCAAGCUUAGUGCGAUAGUGGAGAAAUUAAUUGAGGCCUGUCAACUUUGUGCGUGCCAUUGGAGGAUUUUGCCGCUGGAAGCUUGUUGUGCUGAUUUGUCUUCGAUAUUCGGAUUAGGAGUGGUGAUUGAUUCUCGAAAAUGGGACUUCUCGAUUCGAAGGUCUGGUUCGUGACCCAAGUGCUGGCAGCUGUGCCGCUGGUCUACAGUGGGCCGUAUCCUCGCACAACCAGUUCCUAUUACGACCCAAAUGGAUUCUUCCAGUUUGCAGAUAAAACCCACCAUAGGUUCUACAACUUUUACCAACACGUGACCGAAGCGGCCCGUGCUGAAAAGCUCAUCUCCAACAACGAAGUUUGGCCUAGUGAUAAAUCCAUUAGCCAAAUGGCAAGCGGUUCCUUCUCAUAUCGCGAAGAAGACGACUACGGUCCAUCGAAUUGGGGAGCGUUGAAUGCCACCUGCGAGGGCAUGUAUCAAAGUCCCAUCAACCUUAUUGCCAAUAGGUCUGUGAUUGUCCAACAGAAGCGGGCCCUCGAAUUGAAGGGUUCUCGGAACGUCCCGAUGGCCAUGGUCGUAGAAAACGAAGGUGGAGCCGCGGCCUUCUUUCCCGAAUUCCGAACGAAUGAACAGCCGAGACUUCGUGGUGGACCACUUCGAGGGGAAUACUUGUUCUAUCAGUUUCACUAUCAUCUAGGGUCGGAGCAUACGUUCGACAAGAAGCGGUAUUCGGCGGAAAUGCAUCUGGUGUUCUACAACGAGUUGUAUGGAUCAUUCAAGGCUGCUAGGGAUCAGGCCAAUGGUGUGGCUGUGAUAGCGUUGACGUUUGACGUACUGAAGAGCCGUAGGAUCAAUUCACUGAACAAGUGGACUCGUAGUUUGGCCGAAGUGGUUGAAGCUGAAAGUGAGUACAGUAUACCUAGGCAAGAGCUGUUUUCGGUGAGCGACGUUUUGGGUGAUAUGGAAUGGCCGUACUUUGCGUACGAAGGAAGUCUAACGACGCCACCUUGCUCUGAAACGGUACAGUGGAUUGUGGCUAGCGAGCGGCAAUUGUUGACUCGAAGCGAACUGAAAACGAUGCGUAUGCUAAAAGGAAGAGGUGGCGAUUGGGUGCAGACAGCGCGGCCAACACAGGCCCUGAAUUUCCGAAGGGUGUUUAUCUAUUGAUAGGCAAGCCUAGCAGGAUGUUGGAUACCAAUGUGGGAAUCAACUGAUUUGUUUCCAGUAUCUGGGUACUAAUCGGGAAUGUUCAUCAGAGAUUAGGUAAAUUAAAGAACUAAACUGUACCGAAUGCAAACUAAUCUUUGGAUCAUAAUAAAUGAUAGUAGUGUCAUCUAUAUUAAGGAUGAAAACCUCGCUCCACAAAGAAGUGUUCAUUGUGCCAUUGAAAAUAAAUGAAAUAAUAAAGUAUU